UAUUGCUGUCAGAUCAAAUCUACUAGCGUCAGUGGUGCGUGAGGUCAUGUUAUGUUGUUUUUUUGUUGACAUGUCUCAACUAUAUCCCACGAUCUUACUUUGUGUUUAUGGAUUCUUCUCUAAUCUCCGACCUUCUGAGCCUUUCUUUACUGCGUUUUUGAUGGGACCUGAUAAAAACCUUACUGAAAAACACAGGUAACUUGUAAAUGAAAUCUACCCAAUAUGGACCUUCUACCUUGUGCUACUUCUCCCAGUCUUCCUGGCCACGGACUACCUGUGCUACAAGCCUGUGCUGAUCCUGCAGGCGGUGAGCUUGGUAGUGACCUACUUUAUGCUAGUGAAGGCCCAGGGUGUGCUGGCCAUGCAGCUUCUGGAGUUCUUCUUGGCCUCGGCCACUGCCACAGAUAUAGCCUACUAUUCCUACAUCUACAGUGUGGUAGACCCGGCCCAGUACCAGAGAGUGACUGGAUACUGUCCGUAGUGUUCGUUACUGGGCUCCGCCGCUGGCUCGCUGGCUGGGCAGCUGCUAGUGUCUGUGGCUCAGAUCCCGCUGUUCUACCUCAGUGUUGUCACAUUGGUGUCGGCCAUCUUGGCCUUUGUGGCGCCCUGGUUUUUGCCCAUGCCCGGUAAGAGCUUGUUCUUCCAUAAAAGCCUGGGGAUAGACGGGGAGAAGCCGGCGCACCAAAACAGCAGGAUUCCCAUGGAUGAAGCAGAGGACCCUGAGAGCAAAGUGCCUCUGAAGAUUGAUGAGGUCACCAUGACAGGUCAUGGUGGUGGCACGGCCAGUGAUGGUGGUGGCGCUAGCAGUGGCUUAGUGGACGUGUUAAGGGUCCUAUGGGAAGACUUCCUGCAGUGCUACUCAUGCCCUGCCCUCCUGGCCUGGUCGGUGUGGUGGGCCCUCUCUACUUGUGGCUACUUCCAGUUGGUCAACUAUGUUCAGGCCCUGUGGGAGAGGUUGCCUUCCCAGGAGUUUGAGAUCUACAAUGGAUACGUAGAGACAGUCUCCACCUUGUUAGGUGCGUUAGCAGCCUUCGGGGUGGGCUCCAUCAAGGUCUCCUGGCAGUCUGGGGAGAGCUGUCUCUGCAUCUUCUCAGUGGUCAUGGCUGUGGCUGUGCACCUCAUGGACACCAUCAGGAACAUCUGGGUGUGCUACACCUCCUAUGUGGUCUUCAGAGCCACCUACAUGCUGCUCAUCAACCAUGCUACGUAUCAGAUUGCCUCCAACCUGAGCAUGCAGCGAUAUGCCUUGGUGUUUGGAGUGAACACUUUACUUCGCCCUGCUGCUUCAGACUCUGCUACUGUUGUGGUAGUGGACACUGUCGGGCUGGGCCUGGACAUUUUCCCACAGUUUCUCAUACGCCAUCUACUUUGCUGUGAUCGCAGUGAUCUUCCCCUCAUGGCCGGGCUGUACAAGCUGGUGUUGAGGAGAAGAUCCCAGCCAUCGGCUCCAGACUGA